UGAAGGAGGCAGUAACUUUCCCCCCUCCAGCAUCACACACACACACACACGCGCGCGCACGCACACACUGACAGCUCCAGCGGUAUGUUUGGAGUUUCACAGCGUGUUUGCGCGCGAGUGGAGCAGCUCCACAGGAACAGAAGAGCGUCUUCACAGCAGAUCUGACUGCAUUUACUGGAGAUUACGUCAAGAUGAGUAAAGCAGCGCUCUCCGCCAUCUGCAUCGCAUUACUGCUGACCUCCAGUGCAGCCAAACCAAAUGGAAAGAGCAAAAAAGCAAAGCAAGUUGUUCCAGCUGUAGACUGUGACAUGCGCGCAGGGAAAGUCAAUCUGCCUGAGUUUAUGGUCAAGUGUCCCGCAAACUGCAGAGAGACCAAAGAGAAGGUGUACGGCACCGGGGUGUUCGCCUCCAUAUCCAGCAUCUGCAACGCUGCCAUUCACAGUGGCGUGAUCACCAACUCUGGAGGAAAGGUGAUCGUGGCCAAAACAGCAGGACAGGCGAUCUACAAGGGCAGCUUCGCCAACGGUGUGCGGUCUCUGUCUUUACCCACCUGGAGAGAGUCCUUCUCCGUCUCAGUUGGUAAACCAAAGAAAGGGGUGACCUAUCCAUCCACGCUGGUCUUCGUCACUUCAAGACCCUCCUCAGGUAAAACAGGAGAGUCCAAAGAUCUGCCGUACACUACUGCAUCGCUAGUGACAGAGGCUGCAGAGGCGGAGCCAAGCACCACUACAACCCCGCCCACCACCACCACCACCACUACCACCACCCCGCCGACCACGACCACACCCACCACAACAUCAGCCAAACCACGGGCCACCGUUCAUAGAGUCCGCGAGGCAGGCAGCAGUCACCCGUAUUUCAGCUCUCUUGCACGACAGUCUCAGAGCGUCCAGGGGAAGGCUCCCACUCAAGCCUUCAGAGGGAGCUCCGUCUAUGCCAGUAGGUUUUUACCCCGCACAAACACAGGUGUGCAGCGUCCAGAGAUGAGCGCCACCGUCCGCAGACAGCCGGCUCCGUCAGCUCCAGCCUCAGGAGCGUACAGUCGAGGUCAGCCGCCAUCUGAGAGGAAGCAGCACACGCCGCAGUCUAAUCCCGUGUUUGCCAGAAGAGAUUGGACGCACCCCUCGUAUGCACGACCUGAUUGGUUCUCUGGCAGCAGAAGGCCAACAGACAGUAGCCAGUCUGUGCCCAACACAGGCUAUAAGUGGAGCCGGACGAGCAGCGGUGACCCCGCAGUGUUUGACCCAGUGCCUGAUAGAACAGAGUAUGAGCACUGGCCGCAUAACAAUCAGCAGUUCUCUCCUGAGUCUGAAGAAAACAAGCCUGUGCCUGAGACGAGCCACACACGAGAGACGCCUGCAGAGUCAAACCCAUUCGAGUCAGGCUUCACUUCUCGAGUCAUGGACACCACAGCCAGAGCUCCUGAAGUCCCGUCUCAAGGAGAUCCAAACUGUAAAGUGGACAUGGCGUUCCUCAUGGACGGCAGCUGGAGCAUCGGGAAACGCCGCUUCAAGAUCCAGAAGGAUUUCCUAGUGGAGGUUUCUCAGGCGCUCAAUGUGGGCGUGGCCGGAGCCAUGAUGGGCAUCAUUCAGUACGGGGAUGAUCCAGUGACAGAGUUCAGUCUGAAGCAGUUCUCCAACUCUAAGGACCUGAAGCCGGCCAUCAGUAAGAUCGUGCAGAAGGGCGGCCCGUCACAUGUGGGGAAGGCUCUGUCCUACAUCAACAAGCAGUUCUUCAGUGAUGCCAAUGGGAACCGCGGUGGGGCGCCCAAUGUGGCCGUGGUGCUUGUGGACGGCUGGCCUACGGACCGGGUGGAGGAAGCCUCGCGCCUUGCCAGAGAGUCCGGCAUCAACAUCUUCUUCGUCACUAUUGAGGGCCCAGACGACAACGAGAAGCAGAACGUGGUGGAGAGCAACUUUGUUGACAAGGCGGUGUGCAGGACCAACGGCUUCUUCUCGCUCCCCAUAGCGAGCUGGUUUGCUCUGCGUAAGGCCGUGCAGCCGCUGGUGAAGCGUGUGUGUGAUACCGACCGGCUGGUGUGCAGUAAAACCUGCCUGAACGCCAACGACAUCGCCUUCGUCAUCGACGGCUCCAGCAGCGUCGGCACCGGAAACUUCCGCACCGUGCUGCAGUUCGUGGCUAACGUGACGCGGGAGUUCGAGAUCUCAGACACGGACACCCGAGUGGGCAUCGUGCAGUACACGUACGAGCAGCGGCUGGAGUUCGCUUUCGGACAGCACAACAACAAAGCCGACCUGCUGAACGCCAUCAAGCGCAUAAACUACUGGAGCGGAGGAACCAGCACCGGAGCCGCCAUCACCUACGCCGCAGACCAGCUCUUCAGCAAGUCCAAACCCAACAAACGCAAGAUCAUGAUCGUCAUCACGGACGGACGCUCCUAUGAUGAUGUGCGGGCCCCGGCGCUGGCCGUGCACCGUACAGGUGUGAUUGCGUACUCUAUCGGUAUCGCCUGGGCUGCGCAGGACGAGCUGGAGUACAUCGCCACUGACCCCGACAGGGAGCACUCCUUCUUCGUGGACGAGUUUGACAACCUCUACAAGUACGUUUCUAAAAUCAUCCACAACAUCUGCAAUGAGUUCAACUCACAGCCCCGAAACUGAGGCAGCAGACCCCCGUCAGCACACAGACAGAGGCAGAGACCCCCAUGAAGACCUCGGAAGAGGAAGAACUUUCCACAGAGGUUAUUUUACAACUUAAAGAAGACCCACACGAACAAAUACAUCAGUGUCUUAUAGUAAAUACUGUCUUUAAACCAUACCUUAUCGAAGAACUCAAUUACUGUAGCUGUUGUGUUACCAUGACAAUUAUAGUCAUUUAUGUAUUGUGGUGAUUCUACAGUUGCUAUGGUAACACAACAACUACAGUAAUUGAUCUGUUGUGGUAAUUCUACAGUUGCUAUGGUAACACAACUACUAUAGUAAUUGAUGUGUUGUGUUGAUUCUAUAGUUGCCAUGGUAAUGCAACAACUAAAGUAGUUGAUGUGUUGUGGUGAUUCUGUAGUUGCUAUGGUAACACAACAGCUAUAUUAAUGGAUGCGUUGUGGUGAUUCUACAGUUGCUAUGGUAACACAACAAAUAUAUUAUUAUAAACAAAUAACCCAACACUGUAGUUUUCUACAAGUAUAUAGGGCAUACUAUACUACAAUACACCACAGUUUACGGAAGUGAAGUAUACUACAGUGUUUAUUAGAGUUGAUCAGUUCACUAUAGUUAAUACGACAGUAUGCUGGAGCACUCAUUCAGUUACUGAAUAUACUAUAAUAUAUACAGUAUAGUGCACUUCACUAUAGUAUGGUUCAAAAACACUGCAGUAUUUACUGUAAAUGACUAUAAUGUGGGAGUGCAGUGGAAAUGUUGAUGAUGGCAGCAAGUGUGUGUUCAGUGAUGUUAUGUUAGCAUGAUGGACUUUACGGUUUCUGUCAGUAAGAGAAAACACACGCUUACAGCUUUUGCAUACUAUUUAUAUUUUACAUGCUGAACACGACCAAGCUACAUAAUGAAAAUUAAUUGAGUCAAUGUUCAUAUUGAAAACCUAUAGCUCAUUUCCAUGCAUACGUAUAAAAUCCCAACCAAAGUGUGUCUGUUAUUAGUGAAUGAAACAUAUUAAAUGUUGACUGAAUGUUCAGGAGCUAAUGUGGAGCGUUAAAGCAUGCUGGAACUGACGGAUUUACAAGACACUUUUCAGUGCACAAAGCUGAAUAUUAUUGCAGAUACGUUCAUAAAAAGCAGAUUUACAGAAGAGUUCAUCUGCAGGAGAAUCUCAGACGCUCCUGUUCUGUGCUUUUACAAUGAUGAUUGACUGUUCUGACUGAUCCUGAAUACACAUCUACAAAGUAUUGUUCCCUCUUGUCAGCUUAAAAUUCAUUUAUUAUUUCCUUUUUUUGUAUUUGUAUAUAGAAAAUUGCUUGUAUUUGUAAGACAGACAUAACUGAUGACAUAUUUUUAAUAAAACGAUUACUGAAAACCA